AUGGGUGGAGUUGAAUUUGAAGGCACUGUUGACCCUACAGUUGCCGAGAAGUGGUUCGAACGGAUUGAAAGAGUGUUCGAGCAGUUAGAGUGUUCAGACACUGCCAAAUUUAAGUAUGCUGUCUCACUGUUACAAAAAUAUUCCUAUGAUUGGUGGGUAAGUGUACCGAAUGCUAGGGAAAAACCUCCUGUUCUUACUUGGAAUGAUUUUGUGAAAGAAUUUAAUAAGAAGUAUGUCCCACCUGCUUAUCAUGAUGUAAACAAAAAGGAGUUCUUAAAUUUAGAGCAAGGGAGUAUGUCUAUCACUGAAUAUCAGCAGAAGUUUCUCAGGCUGUCCCACUAUGCUGGGGUUUUAGCUGCUCUUACUUGGGAAAGGAUCGACAAGGAACAAGUUGGUAGAAAUGAACACAAGUUCAGGAAAGCUUAUGUAGAUUCACGAGGUCCAUCAAAAAGGGGGAGGUUUGACAGUUCCAAAGCUAAUACUUUUCGCAAGUUAUCCCAACACAAGCAAAAUAGAUCAAGUUCCUUUACUGCCAGCACUCCAAGCUAUGGCCAAGGCAAGACUCGUAUACCCACUUGUGCACAAUGUGGAAAGAAUCACUUUGGUACUUGUAGAAGAGCUUCCGGCGCUUGUUUUAAUUAUGGGAGCUUUGAUUAUAAAGUGAGGGAUUGUCCUAAUCCUAACCCCACUUCUUCUCCGCAUACAGAAGGCUCGGUUCAAAAACCUGUUACCAUUCCCUCUCAAGGAAAUAAAGGUGCAAGACUGUUACACCCCAUACUCUGGUACCUCAAAACGCUUUUUAAGCUUCUUAAGUUUCUGGGAAGGAUCUUAAGUUAUAUUUAG